CUGUGCGGGCGCUCCUUCACUCUGCGCCUCUCACAGUGAAACAUCCGGGACACUCCAACCCUCUCAAGUGACGCCAAGUGUUCGCAAACUGGCAAAAUUAAUUCAUACAAAAAACUAAUCAAAAAAUCAAAACCGAGAAGAAAGGAAUAUUAAGAGCCGGAUCAAGUGAAAGGAAUACAACUCGUACAUCAUCGUAUUUUUUCCCUGGAAACAAUUCCGGGACAUUUUUACAUCAUGAGGAUUUUCACUGCUGUGCUCUUGCUGGCUCACGCCUUGGUGGUGUCCAGAGGGGCCAGUGGUGCUGCAGUCGACAGGUAUGAGAGCGACAGGCAACGGCAUACAGCUGUUAUCAACUUGGACACGACCAGAGGCAGGAGGGUGGAAGAGGAGAGCAGAAGCAUGAGUGCUACAACAGCGGAGUACGGUCAGGAAGUUGACGAGGAGGUGUAUGAUGAUUAUUAUGAUGAAGAGGACGAGUAUGAAGAUGGCAUGUCUGGGGACUAUGGUGAAGUGCCACGAGUUGCAAUGGUAAGCAAACCAAAAGACCCACUUGCCAUCCUGGAGACUGAAACCCCGGAAGGACAUAAAAGAAGAGGAAAGGGAAAAAAGAAGGGGAAAGGCAAGGGCAAGAAGAGGAAUCCCUGCCUGAGGAAGUAUAAAGAUUUCUGCAUUCACGGGACCUGCCAGUACCUGAGGAACGUCCGUGCCCCAUCCUGUGUGUGCCACCAAAGUUACUCCGGGGACAGGUGUCAGUUUUUCACGCUGCCCUUGGAGAAGCCCCAGGAGGGCUACAACAGGACCACAGCUCUGGCGGUUGUGGCAGUUGUGCUGUCGUCUGUGUGCCUCACCAUCAUAGGCCUUUUAUUGUUGCUCAGGUUUCACAAGCGGGGAGCGUAUGAUGUAGAGAAUGAAGAGAAGGUCAAACUAGGGUUAGCGUCCAACCACUGAAAAGACAGAGACAGGCAAAGAAGUGGAAAUUCUACCUCAAAAUAGAAAAGGAGAAGUGAACUGCGAAAGGAGGUCCUAGAGAGAAAAGGAUUGUACAUGAAGAAGGGAACUGAGGUUGUUGUCUGCCUUUAGCCUCUGCUAGACGCUCAAAUGAACAAUGGGCAAAUGAACAUAUUCCUGAAGGUCUCAGAAGACGCUGGCCCAGACUGAAACAGGAAUAAUAAUGGCCCAGAGGAUGGAUGGAAGAUGAGAGCACGAAAAAACGAGAAGAAGGAACUCUGUGCUGCUUCUUGACUGUGUGAAAGAGAUCGUUUCAGACUGAACUGAGCAAGAUUUUUAACAAAAGCAUUUUAUAUUUUCCUGCACAAAACCAUUUCUUUUUUUGUGUACAGUCAACGGUAUAUUUAUAAUUUUAAUUUAUUUAUUUAAGCUAACUGUAUUUAUAAAGACUUUAACCACCUUCAACCGUUUUUAAAAAUAAUGAUGUUACAGUUGUUUUUUUAUAUAUUUUAUUGGACAAUAUUUAUUUAUUAAACAGGAAAGCAAACCAUGCAGAAGCUCUUUGAGAUUUUAUGAAAAAAUGCAUAAUCAUCUCAUAAUGGCUUUAAUUCUCGCACUCAGUAGAUGAUCAAUUGCACUGUGAUUAAUACAUUGAUCAUUAAAUAGAAAAAUGUUUUUUUUAUUAUUCAGGGUAGUUUCAUUAAGUGCAAGGAAAGCCCUGCUCACCCUGACACAGUUACACAUACAACCAGCUGGAUGAGUCAGCAACUGGGCAGCGCUGUCAUAGGAAAUGCUCAAAGGCACAUCAGCGGGGUAGUAUGGUAUAGGCUGCUUUUCCUGCCAGGUUUGACGACAGCUUUAAUGAUCUUUAGUCCACCUUAGGCCUAGUUGUAUGCCUUAAUGUUAUAAGAUUAGAUCAUUCCCUCAUACAAUGCAUUGCCCUGGCAUGUAUUGAUUAAGGCAAAAAUAAAAUCUGCACUUAGCAACUGAAUUGCAAAAGAAGCCUAUAAAAGCAAAUCAAUUAUCAGAUGCACUGUAACAACAAUUUGGUAUAAAUAUGUUGUCAUGUUGUCUUACCAUAAUUUGAGGAGAAACUCCUUCAGAUCCAUGUUAAUCUGCCAAACAAAGAAAAAUGUGAAUUAAAUUGUUCCACCCUUUCAAAUCUUGCAGUUUUGAAGUGAUUUUUAUUUAUGUGAUUUUUUUCAGAACAAAAUAAAGAGAAGGAUUAUCAGAA